AUGGCGCUGGGUUCUAAACGUUCUGCUGCAAAAGACAGCAAGCCUGCUGGCCAAAAGAAAGCCAAGUUCGCUCCACAACCUGUUCCAGAAGUUGAGAGUCUGUCCGACAACGAGGCCACAUUCUAUCAAUCAGCUGAGGAUGAAAGUGAUAACAAUGAUUCUGCCGACUCCAGUGACAUCUCUGACUCCUCGGACGAUGAGAAGGAAAAGGCCGAGGACUCAGACGAUUUAGAUGAGUUGGAUGAUAUGGAUGAUGUUAAAGCCGACCUGAAGGCUACCGAAGGCGACUCAGAUGACGAGGAUGAUGAGGACUCAGAUGAUGAGGAUGGAUCUGCCAAGAGUGAUGAUCCAAACAAGAAAUCUUCUGCUGAACAGCAUGCAGAGCAAAGAAAAUUGCUUGCUGAAAGAAAAUUGAAGCGUAAGUCUGGUGCUGAAGUUGAGCACAUCAAGUCUUUAUGGGAGAAAUUGAGAGUUAAGAAGCCAGCUCCUCCUCAGCAGGUCAGAGAGAGGUUGUGUAAUGAGAUCUGGGAUUUGUCUAAGGAUGUCAUCUACGACUUGGUUUUGAAGCACGAUGCUUCCCGUGUCGUUCAAACACUUGUUAAGUACACCACCAAGGAAAGAAGAGAUCUCAUUGUGAAAGGCUUGAAAGGUAACUACUACAAAUUGGCUACUUCUUCUUAUGGUAAAUACUUGAUGGUGAAACUCUUGCAUUAUGGAUCAAAGGAAUCCCGCGCUUUAAUCGUGGAUGAGCUUCACGGUAAAUUGCGUAAACUUAUGAGACACAAGGAAGGUGCUUAUGUGGUUGAGGAUUUGUAUGUCUUGUACUCCUCUGCCGAGCAAAAACAGCAGAUGAUCAGAGAGUUCUGGGGUUCUGAAUACGCUGUGUUCAGAGACUCUGGUAAGGACAAGACUGUUCUUGACGUUGUCAAUGAGUCCGCUGAGAAGAAACAGUUGAUCAUGGCUAACUUGAGUGGAACAAUCACUGCUUCUGUUGCUAAGGGAUCUACUGGAUUCCAAAUUUUGCACGCUGCCAUGAAAGAGUAUGUCUCCAUCUUGAUGGCUGACCCAGAGAAAAACGAUGCACAAAUCCGUACCUUCAUCGACUUGUUGGCUGAGCAAUUUGCCGAAUUGGUGCAUACCCAAGAAGGUUCUGAGGUCGCCUGCUACCUUAUUUCCGUUGCUAAUGCCAAGGAAAGAAAGGUUAUUGUGAGAUCUUUGAAGGAUCACGCCAAAAAAUUGAUUGAGAACGAGUUCGGUAACUUGGUGUUGAUCACUUUGUUCAUGACCGUUGAUGAUACCGUCUUGCUUCACAAAUCCUUCAAUGUUGAAUUGAUUACUCCAGAACUCUUACCACAAAUCAUCCAAGAGAAAUUCUCUCGUAGACCUCUUCUCUACUUGUUGAAGGGUUUGGAUGGUAAAUAUUUUGCCCCUAAGGUCAAGGAAGAAUUACUCAAGUUUGAGAAAUUGGCCUACGAGAAGACCACUAGAAAGCCACAAGAUCAAAGAAGAGAGGAAUUACUUUCGAAGGCCUUGCCUUUGAUCUAUAAGGCACUCAUUUCUACUAUCGAUACUGACAACGAGUUGACUUUGGCCAAACUCUUAAGUGUCAACAUUGCAGCACAGUUCAUCGCUGAGCUCUGUCUUACGACCACUGACAACGAAGAGGUAAACGAGACUCUCAGACCUCAAUUGGUCGAUGCUAUCUUCGAUUUGACUUUCAAAGUCGAUGUGUUGGAGGACCAUCACUUGAUCAACAAGACACCAUUUUUCAGCAGAACAGUGAAGGCCCUUAUCCAGGCCAACGAGUUGAAAUGGAACAGAGACGAAAAGAAAUUGACGAAGGUUGAUGACGCUGCCAUUCCUCAUAUUGGUGUUGCAUUCGCAGAAAAGGUCGCUGAGACUUUGCAAGACGAAAAAUUGGCAAAGAAUUGGGUGACCGGCCAGGCAGCCUUCGUUGUCCUUGCUGUAUUGGAAGCUUUGGAAGCCCUGAAGUCUGCCCAUGCUAAAUCUCUUAAAAAGGUUUUGAAGAAGUUCAAGAAGGACAUGACGAAUGACAAGGACAACAAGGGUGCCCAAUUAUUGGUCAAGAAUUUGUAA